UUUUCCUUUUCAAAAACCUCGCCCUCUUUCCCUUCCCUUCCUUCCCCUGUUCAUCCUCCCCUGCGCCCUUGCCGUAUCGCGCCGCGCGACUCUCGCCAUUCAUCAAUGGUUCUCAUGGCGGCCGCCUCCGACGACCAUCGCCAUCACCACCGCCACCGCCGCCAUCGUGCGGUGAUGCGCUCGCCGACUCCGCCCUCGCCCCCGCCCGAGUCUCCGUCCCCGGCCCCCCUCGAUUGCUUCUCCUUCACCUGGGGCGUGCGCCGCCGCCUCCGCUGCUCCACGGACGGCGCCCCCGUCAUCGCGACCGCGUUGCCGUCUCCUCCCCAGCACCCGACCACCCCGUCGCCGGACAAGGAGAAGCCGCCCCAGGGCGACGCCGCCGGCUCCUCCUCCCGGCCGCAGCGGUCCCGGUACCUCCGCCCGCUCCGCUACCCUGCAACGCAUCCGGCGUCCAGACCAUCGGACGCUGGCGCGGGGCAGGCGCUCCACUCGCCCGCCUCCGCGCCCCCGCCGCCGCUGACGAAGCCGCUGCAGCCGAGGAAGAGGGGAUUCGCCGUCGCGCUCACCAAACAGGAGAUCGCCCGGGACUUCGCCGCCGUCCGCUACAAGCGCCCGGCGCGCCGCGGUAAGAAGCGCCCCAAGUCCGAGCAGGCCAAGAUCGAUGCGCUGUGCCCGGGAUUGUUCCUCUCGACAGUGGACCUGGACAGCUACAAGAUCGAUGAUAAUAAUAGGUGAUUCAUGGCUGCCGUGAUGAAGCUGCAGACGAGAGCAACUUCUCAUUGCUCCCAUCUCGUUCUUCCUAUGAUGGCUAACAUGCCCUGAUGCCCAUCACUGAUUAGUGUUGGUUCUUCUGAGUUAGAGGACAGCAAAUUGGGUCUAGCUAGCUAGGUUCCUUGAGUAGUUUUGUACACAGAUCUUUCUUUUAGAAGAGUUGCCGGAAUGAUGGGAAAGUUCAUGUUUCAGGGUGCUAGCUAUGUCUUCUAUAGGAAGUGAUAACAUUCAUAGGCAAUGGGGAGCAGCCAUGUUUUGUACGGAGUACAUGUUUAAAUUAUCAAAUACUAUUGGACAUGGCUAAUUGGAAGUGAAAGUAAUAGGUGCUUCAUAUUUGUGAUUAA